UCAGUCAGUUCACUCUACGUGGACUCACACACAUGAUUUAUUGUUGAUAUCUUAUUACAAGCCAUACAUGUACAUAUAUCGUCUGCUGAUUUUAGUAUGUAAACGAGCACUUACGCCAGAUCUGACUCCACUUGAUAAUGAAAUGAAAAGAGUCUGUCCUCCCGUAAGCACUGUAAGCACUGUGUAUCAAGAUGACCUUUCUUAACGACAAGAGAAUCCGCCAUUUUGAGAAACACUUGCCAGAGUUUACAAAGAAAGUCGACCCCAUUGAGCUCCUGCCUUAUCUUCACUGUCUGACUCAGUCAAGCAAGGAGGAAAUUGAAAGUAGACAGCAACACUGGAGCAGGAGCAAGGCCGCCAUAAAGAUGUAUGAACACCUUAUACGGAUGGAUAAUUGGUGGGAUCAGCUCCUAGCUGCCCUACGUAGUAACUGCCAACACCAUCUGGCUGACAAGCUGGAAGAAAUAGAUGAUGAAUGGUCAGUCCCACGCACCGACCGGAAGGUACGACCCAUUCAUGCUACCCGGAAACUACAAUCUGUCAGGUCAAGGAUUUGCACAGGUGACACAAAGUAUAAAGACCUUCCGGCCAGAGUUUCAUCCGUACUGAAGAUCAUGGACAGUCAGGACGUGGUUAAUAACUGGGAAGCUAUGGCUGCACACUUCAAGUAUACGAAUGACGAAGUAACCCGGAUGAAGUGUAAUCAGAACCAACCCUCCUGUACAAAGAAACUGUUGGAAGACUGGAGUCAACGUGAGGAUGCCACCCUCAAAAAUCUACUGAUGACUUUACAGGAACUCGAAAGGUUUGACCUUUUAGAACAAGUGCAAAGUAUCACUGGUUACUGCUUACCAGAGAUCAGGAAAGGUCAACUGGACUGUGAUGAACAUGGACGUGACAUACUUCUGCCCACAGAAAUGAUGUUCAGCGAAGCGAACAAAGAAACGUCAAUGAAAAUCAAUGAAAAUGCAAUGCCAUCUCAGGGUGAACAUGACUCACUAGUUUCCAGUUGUCAAUUUAACCCGAUGACCAGACAUAGUCAAACACAUGGGGACAUGAGUCUCUCUCCGUCUGAUGACCAGGUCGGACAACAAAACGAGCGUAACUUGUCACCAUUAUGUGACACUGAUAUACAGCCAUCUGUAUCCUUUGUUGGAAAGGACACGAGUGCAGUGGAUGAUUCAAAGACACCGGAUGAAGACAUCGCAACACAAGGAAUAUCAAUGAACAGACGGCCGAGUGAGGAAGGCCUGGAUCCUAUACAUACACCAGGGACGAGUAAUGUCUGUGGUCACAACAACAAUAACAACAACAAAAUCAACAACAACAGCAACACUGAUGAAUAUGACGCUUCACAUGGCUCAAAUGUCAAUACAUCGUCAUACCCUAAAACGAUGAAAGACAAAAUUAUAGAUCAAUUGCCGCUUGUUGGAAUAUCUGCUUUGGGCAUGGGCCUUAUCAUGGCCUUGGCUAAAAUCAAAUAAAACAUUAGUUGCAUUUGUAUAUCAACUCUCACUACAUCGUCAUUGUUUGUCAUGCAACACUACAGCAUUUAUUAGGAAUUAGGUUAUACGCAAGAGAGACGUUAUAAUUGUGGCAAGAAGUAAUGAAGAAAAUAAAAGCAUAUAGAACUCUAAAAUAUACUUUC